AGACUGUGUCUCUGUGUUGGCCGCGAAAGAGGAGGGGAGAUGCAGCUUGGAGUCGGGAGAAGGGCCGCCGCCAUUAUUGGGAAGCUGACAAAAAAAUAAGACAUACCCACACAUCGUCACACGUUUUUUUCUUUUUUUUUUCUAGCUUGCCAGCAGCUCUACAACGCCAGCGAAAAGGACGGGAAUCCAACCUUUUUUUUUUCAAGCUCCGUUCGUAUCAUUGAAGACAGCUCGCCCCUUUUCUACUCUCCUGGCGAAUCUUUUAUUUUGGACACAACAAAGGAAAUAAUUGCUCCAAACAACGUGGUGGCGAAGCAAGAGAGAAAAAGACUCCGAAAGGACGCUUUUUAACUAGCAGACCCUCCAUUUUUUUUCUUCAUUCCUCGUUCACAGGCGUGUUGAAGACGACUUUGUGCGACAUUUUGGUUGCUUUUCCCCCUUAACUAGCAUUUGUUGGUUAGCCCUCUGGUACACGCACGCACGCACGCAGAAAUGCGAAUGUAAAAACUUCAGACGUGAGGGUACAAAGUGACAAGAAAUGGACACUUAAGCUCUUUUCGCCCCCUAAAAGCUGCUAUUAAUCGAUGAGAGUGUUGGCGGGGAGUGUUUUUUGUGUGUCUCUUUAAAGACUCUGCAAGGAGGUAAAGGAGUGGACGGAAUCCGGAGAGGAAGGAAUGUUAUGGGUUGCGGGGUGCUGGAGCCUGUCCCAGCUGACUUCAGGAGAAAGGCGGACUACACCCUUAACUGGUCACCAGUCAGUCGCAGGUCACAUAUAGACACGGACAACCAUUCCCACUCACAAUCACACCAUCAUUGAAUGGGAACUGAACCUACGCUGCCUGCACCAAAGUAAGUUGUCAACUGACUGUGUGCUUCUCCAAACACAAACUCCAAUCCAAACUUGCUCCAGCACUCUCCUUGUCGUCCUAGGCUGCACAGGGUCAGAUCUGAAUAUCGUGAAAUCCUAUUGCAUGGGAUCCCUGUGUCCUUAACAGCCUCUGUCUCUCACAAGAGCUUGAGGCAAGGAUGACAGGAUGAGCUUCUGCCAGCGAUUAUGAUGGCCAAAAAGCAAGAUGUCCGGGCACCUACCUACAACCUGGUUGUGGUUGGGCUGUCUGGUACAGAGAAAGAUAAGGGCCAAUGUGGAGUGGGAAAGUCCUGUCUGUGCAACCGCUUUGUUCGGCCAUGCGCCGAUGACUUCUACCUGGACCACACCUCAGUUCUCAGCACCAGUGACUUUGGAGGCCGUGUAGUGAACAAUGACCACUUCCUCUUCUGGGGAGAGGCUGGGAGGACUAUGGAGGAGGGGCCAGAGUGGCGCAUGAAUGUGGUGGAACAAACAGAAUUCAUUGAUGACCAGACAUUCCAGCCACACCGAAGCACAGCACUGCAGCCAUAUAUCAAGAGGGCAGCCUCCACCAAGUUGGCUUCAGCUGAGAAGCUGAUGUACUUUUGCACAGACCAAUUGGGGCUAGAGCAAGACUUUGAGCAGAAACAGAUGCCUGAGGGCAAGCUCAUGAUAGAUGGAUUCUUACUCUGUGUGGAUGUUAGCAGUGGUAUGAACCGCAGCUUUGAGGAUCAGAUGAAGUUUAUUACCAACCUGUACAACCAACUUUCCAAAACUAAGAAACCUGUGGUACUGGUUCUCACCAAAUAUGAUGAAGGAGUUGACCGCAAUAUUAAGGACUCGCACACCUUUGCGCUAGCAAAGAAAAACCUCCAGGUGGUCGAAACAUCAGCGCGAUCAAAUGUCAAUGUCGACUUAGCCUUUCUGACACUUGUUCAACUAAUUGACAAAGGCAGAGGAAAGCCCAAGAUAAUCUCUUACUUUGAGGCACUGAAACAGCAGAGUCAACAUAUUGCCUCGGCCAAGGACCGAUAUGAGUGGCUUGUCGACAGAAUUGUGAAAAACCAUAAUGAGUUAUGGCCCACUGUUAGUUGCCGCAUGCAGACAGCUCCAGAGUACAAGGACUACGUCUUCCUUGAGGGGACACCUAAAGCAAAGAAACUCUUUCAACAACAUGUACAUAGACUAAAGCAAGAUCAUAUAGAGAAACGCAGGAAGGCGUAUCUAAGUACUCUGCCACAGGCCUUGUCUAUACUAUUACCACAAUUGGAUGAGAUAGACCACUUGAGCUGGUCUGGAGUUCAGAAAGUAUUGGAGACCAAGAGAGAUUUUUCACAUUGGUUUAUUGUAUUAGAUGACACACCAUGGGAGACCACGCCCCACAUUGACAAGAUGGAGGAUGAUCGCAUACCCCAGGACCUCCUCGAAACUCACACGGCUGGGGCCAUAUAUGAGACCCACCUGGACCAGCUCAGGAAUGACCGCAAACGGGCUGAAAUUAGAUGGGAGUUCAAGGAGAAACUUAGUGUCUCUCCAUUCAUUACUCCAGGCAAACCAUGGGAGGAGGCUCGGAGCUUCAUCAUGAAUGAAGACUUCUACCAGUGGCUUGAUGAAGCGGAAUAUCUGGAUAUCUACAAUAAACACCAGAAGGAGAUUAUUGACAGAGCCAAAGAGGACUUCCAAGAACUGCUUCUUGAGUACUCUGAGCUUUUUUAUGAACUGGAGGUGGAUGCAAAACCAAGUAAAGAAAAAAUGGGAGCAAUUCAGGAACUACUGGGUGAGGAACAAAGGUUUAAAGCCUUACAGAAGCUGCAGGCAGAGAGGGAUGCUUUGGUAUUGAAACAUAUCCACUUUGUCUAUCACCCUACAAAGGAUACCUGUCCAAACAGCCCCCACUGUGUGGACUCUAAACUCGAGCAGAUACUUGCUUCCAGAUUCCCCACUCGCUAUGCAUCACCAGAUAGUUCAAGACUGGAUGGAGGCAGGGCAGAAAGGAUAAAUCUAGUCAUACUAGGUAAAGAUGGGCUUGCCAGAGAGAUGGCAAAUGAAAUAAGGGCAUUGUGUACCAGUGACGAUAGGUAUGUGUUAGAUGGAAAGAUAUAUGAAUUAGCUCUUCGUCCAAUAGAGGGCAAUGUACGGCUGCCAGUUAAUUCCUUCCACACACCAACCUUUGCACCCUAUGGUUGCCUUUGUUUGUACAACUCAAAGGAAUCACUGUCAUAUGUCGUUGAGAGUGUGGAAAAGCUUAGAGAGGCAACCAUAAGUAGAAGGGACAGAGAAAACAUUUUAGCCCAACUUCCACUUUUCCUCCUGCUUGUGACUAAGCGUGGAGUGGGUUCGAUAGGGGAUAUUGGAGGGGAAACAGCUCAGACUCUUAUCCAGCAAGGGCUGCUGGUUUCUGCAAAGCAGCAGUGUCGUUACCUAGACCCAGCCUCUCCAGGCAUGGGCUAUGGGCGCAAUUUCAAUGAGAAGCAUCUCAACCAGAUGUUGAGAGGCCUCUUAGAGUCCCGGAGAAGCCUACGGACGAGCUCUCCACCCUUACCCCCGUCAUUAUCUGCCUUCAGAGACUUUCAGUCUCAACCAAUUCUAGAAUCAGACCUCAAAAUCGUCAUGUGCCUCAUGUGUGGAGACACGUAUGAUCUCGACCAGCUCCUGGCUCCUUUCUUGUUGCCCCAGCAUUGUCGCCCUGCUAUUAGCCUCAACAGUGGCACCUCUGUCUUGCUGGAUCUGAGUAUAGGUGGUCAGAGGCAGAAUAUUGAGCUGUCUUUGCUCUCUUUCCAUUCCUCAUUCUCCCUCCGCAAGACUAAGCUGGUCCAUGGCUACAUUGCAGUUUACUCUGCUCGGCGGAAAGCCUCUUUGGAAACUUUAUGUGCUUUUCUGUGUGAGGUUCAAGACAUCAUUCCAGUACAGUUGUUAGCAGUUGGGGAAAGCCAGAUGGAGCUUUCAGAGUCAGAGUCAGCUAGGGAACAGGUCAGUCAGGGAGAGGAACUCGCUCAUGAAAUUGUGGCAAGGUUCAACACAAUAAUAUGUGGGCAUGGAGGAGUUGUAGGUGGGCUUCAUAAAAUCGAUCUUUUCCAAUCUUUUCUCAAGGAGAUAGUGGAGAAACGCACUAUUAUUGAGGCUACACACAUGUACGAUAAUGUGGCUGAAGCAUGCACCAAUGAGAGUACCAGCCCACUUUGUGGCUCUCCCAGUCCAGUUAACAUUCUUAUGGACUCAGAAGAUGAUAUUGACCCAUCAGCACCUUACCCUACCCUGAGGGAAGAUGGAAGUAGUGGCUCCCAUCUGGUAAGCUUCAAGCUGCCAGAUCUGGAUUCAAGUGAUACAUUUUCUGUCAUUUCUGAGCUCAGCACUUUUGAGAGCAAGCUGAACAACAAGGUGCCUCCCCAGGUGAAACCUAAACCUGUGCGCAAGGUCAAUCUUGGCCCUUACAUGGACCAACAGGUUGGGACCAACCGACGCUCCUUGCCCCAAGCUGUCAGCUGGGCUCCAGGUAGUGACGGUGGCUACGAUCCCUCGGACUACGCAGAGCCUAUGGAUGCUGUGAGCAAACCUCGACAUGGAGACGAGGAGAGCAUUUACUCCGUCCCUCAUGACAGCACACAGGGCAAGAUAAUCACCAUCCGCAAUGCUAACAAAGGUCACUCCAAUGGUAGUGCCGGGGGGAAUGGGUCGGACAGCGAGGCCGAUAGCAGCUCACUGGAGCGCAGAAGAAAGUUGUCAGCUAUUGGAAUAAAGCCCAAGCUUUACAGAGAUCGAUCAAAACGACUUGGAAAGUUCAGCAGUUUUAGGACGAGCUUCUCACUAGGCAGCGAUGAUGAAAUGGGGGGUCCACCAAAGGCUAGCCAAGAUGAAGGAGGUGCCCAAAAGGACAAUUCCAUUGAGGAGAGUGAAGAUCCAAAAAAGAGAAAUAUCCUGAAGAGCCUGCGCAGAAAUACAAAGAAACAGCGAGCCAAGCCGAGGCAUUCCAUCUCAAAACCUAUUGAGAGCAACUACUUCGGAAUGCCACUGGUUACCGCGGUAACUCCGGAGAGGCCCAUCCCAGUGUUCAUUGAGAAGUGUAUCCGGUUUAUUGAAACAACAGGCUUGAGCACCGAGGGUAUCUACAGGGUCAGCGGGAACAAGGCGGAGAUGGAGAGCAUGCAGCGUCAAUUUGACCAAGACCACAACCUGGACCUGGUGGAGAAAGACUUCACCAUAAACACAGUAGCCGGGGCCAUGAAGGCCUUCUUCUCCGAGCUUCCCGAGCCCCUGGUACCCUACAGCAUGCAGGGAGAGCUGGUGGAAGCUUUCAAGAUCAACGAUAGGGAGCAGCGCUUCCAGACGAUGAAGGACAUUCUCCGCCGCUUCCCCCAGGAGAAUUAUGAGGUCUUCAAAUAUGUUAUCAGCCACUUGAACAAGGUGAGUCAGAAUAGCAAGAUGAACCUGAUGACCAGCGAGAACCUGUCCAUCUGCUUCUGGCCAACACUGAUGCGCCCUGACUUCACCACCAUGGACGCGCUGACCGCCACGCGCACCUACCAGACAAUCAUCGAGAGCUUCAUCCACCAGUGCGCGUACUUCUUCUACAAUCAACCACUGGCCAACGGCCUCCCAGGCUCGCCGACCUCCACGCUCUCCUACGGCGUGGGCACCUCGGCAUACUCGUGCAUGUCCGGCGGCUACUCCUCCUCGCCAGCGCCAUCCCCCCCGACCCCUUAUGUCCUCCCGGCAACCCCUCCCGUCAUCCCGCACUACGGCCCCCCCAUCCACCACCACCACCAAUUGCCACCCCGCUCCCCGCCACCGACCCCGCAGUUACCCUUCCCCGCCCUGGUACCGCCCUCCCUCCACCCGCAUCACCCACCUACGGAACAACACACGCUGUGAACCACCAAGGGAUCAAGGGGGAAAAAAAGAGAUUGAGAGUGCUUCGGAAAGAGAUACACACAAAGGAACGGAAGGAGAAAACAAGGACAGGAAAUGGGAUGAGGACAUUGAGGGAUCUGCAGUAUGCACAGGGAGAUACUUUGGAAGAAGAGUGCUUGAAUAGAGAAGCCCAGACUCCAUGCUGUCGCGCAGGAGGAACGUCAGCUCAGAACACACUGACACAUUAGCAGCCUCAAAACAACUUUUUUUUUUUUUUUUUUUUAAUCUUGCUGGAGGGACCCCCCCCCCCCCCCCCCCCCCCUACACACACACACACAUUUGCUGAUUAAAAUCCUUGUCUCUGCACACAUGCACACAAACAAAGACGGUUUCACUCGAGGCUUUUUGUUAAGCACCUAAGACAGAAAGAGGAAAAAAACAGAAGAACUCAACCAACCGGAUCUGCAGAUCAGGGCAAAGGAUCAUGGGUGCUUUCCCUUGGCAUUCAGUCUACUGUACGCUCGCUCUAUCUGGAUGUGACCGUCAUUACGACGCUACUGAUAGUAUUUUAAAAGGUCGGCCCACACCUCAAGUUUCCACCCUUUUCUGUUGCCAAUCAGUCAGUGUGCGAGUGAGUGUGUGUGCGCGCGUGCGUGUGUUCUUUUUACCUGUGUUUGGCAGUGAGUUUACCUGCUGUGUGUGUGUCAUUGCUGCCGUUUUCAUAGUAAGGACCUUGUUUAAAAAGCACUUUUCUGAGCACUUUCAAGGCACAUUUUUAUUUUUUUUUUUUAGAUUGGAGCUUUGACGUCACCCUUCACUCUCCCUUAUGGGAGCACACCACUGACAUCUAGAGGAGCAAUCGGAGUAUAGCAGCCACUACAUGGGCGUUGCGCCAAUAGCUUUCACUGUUUUUUUUUGUUUUUUUUUAAAUGUCAGCCUUCUCUUUUUCUAAGGCGACAUUUUUUGAGCCAUUGCACAUACUUUACUUUCGGAAAAAUGUCACAAAUCGUGGAUACACGUUAAUUCCCAUAUAGUGGAAGAACAUGUCACUGUAGUCACUAGCAUAGAUACAGUAGAUGAACAAAAUAAGCAGUAAAUAUUUUUUAGCGCACUACAUCUUUCAUGAAAUAUUGGUUAGGAAUCACUGUUCUAAGAAGUGAGGUAAUCAUGGCAUGGCAUCGCGCAUCGUCUUUAAACUUUAUUGACAAGUUGGGUAUGCACAAAACACCCAGCCCCAACCAACCCCCAACAAAUCUUUAAUAACAUUUUCCUCAACGCCCAUAAAAGCAUGAGGACAUUGCAGUGACAGAUGGUUCUCUACAACCCUAUUGGAGCUUUAAAAUAAAAAAACACAGACGCAUUUCCGGUCAUAUUAAAUGAUAAUCGUAUUAGGGUCACACUGGGGGUAAAAUGAGAGAACUUACUCGAAUUUGGAACCUCACGGGACUGAAGUAAGAUUACUGGAACAAGUCGUAAUAUUACAAAGUCUCAAUUCUGUAGAAAGAAAAAUGACAGUUAAACCCUUCUAUAUAACCUGACAAGAAUAAAGUCAUAAUUUUGUAAGAAUACAAUGGUAAUAUGUAUUUCUCUUGUAAUUUAGGCCUUUAUUCUUGUACAAUUAUAACUUUGUCAUUAUUAAGAGUAAAAUAGGUUGUAAUUAUUUUUUUAAAGUGAUUUUAUUUCUUGUUCUUGUAAUAUCACCCUUUUAUUCUUAAAAAUAACAGCCUUCUUACAAUAUCACAACUUUGAUAGAAUUACAACUUUUCACUCAUAGUAUCAUGACUAUGCUUGUAAAAUUAAGUAUUUUAGCUUUUAUGGAAUCAUGAGAACAAAAAGUCUAAAGAGAGUUUUUCUUGUAAUAUUACCACUUUAUUCUUGCGGACUUACAACUUUUAAUAUGAGGGGGAAAUUUCCUAAUUUUAUAAAAAUAGUACUGUUUUUUAUUUGAAAAAUGUUUUUUUCCCCCCCAUAAUUAUGAGACAAAACAAGACUCAUCAUAAUAGUACAGCUUUUCUUGUCAUAUAACCACUUCAUGUAAAAUUACAAUUAUUUUCAAUAAUAGCAAAAAAAUUAAGAAAAAACAUUAUGGAGGGCUUUCUUGUAAUAUUACCACUAUUCUUGGAACAUCACAACUUUUUUUUCAAAACUAAAAUUUAAACUAUUUUCUCGUAUUAUUACAGCUUUAUGCUUGUAAAAAUUCGUUUUACAAGCAUAAAGCUGUAAGUUAUCUAAUCAACAUUUAUCAUGUAAUAUUCCAAGAAAAACAUAGAGCUAGUUUUUACCGACCAUUUUUCAGAUAUUGACUUUAUUCCCGUAAACUAUUUUAUUCAUGUGGAAUGAUGACCUUUCCCCCCUGUAAUAUUGCAACUUUACCUGGUUUAAAAAAAAAAAAAAAAGUUAAUCUCAUAUUAUUACCCCCCCACCCUGUAAUAUUUUGACUUAAUGCCCAUAAAAGUAGAAUUUCUCCAUAAUAUUUAAAAGAAAAUAGAAUUUUACAAUAAAGCCGUUAAUUAUAUUAUUAUUAUUACAACUGUUUUCUUGUCAAGGUACUUCUUUUUUUCCUCAUAAAAUUACAAUAUUAAGUGGUAAUAUUACCUGGAAAACAUAUGCAUUUUAUGUGAAUUUUUUAUUUUAUUUUAUUUUUUGAAAUAUGCAUUUUAUGUUAAUUGUCCUCUUUUUUUGGCUCCUAAUAUCCUUUCUUGUCAUUCAAUCAGCUUGUUGUUUCUGCUAAAAUUCGACCGCUACGCCACACUGCCCCCAACGGCACUGCUCUGCUACUUCAGCUCCUUGCCACCCUCUGCAUCCGAGAGCGGAUCUCGUUGUUUUUUGGGACUAGAGACAGGAACAGACAGUCCAUUCAUCCGUCUACACAACUGGAACGGAGUAUCCCAAAUUCCCUUUCCCUGGCCUGCUGUUACCGUAGAAACCAGCGAGACGGGGGCCUGGAGGAUCCAUAAUCCAAACCGCUUUUGAAGUGCGUUUUUGUGUAUUGUUACACAGAAGCUCACUAAGGUCACAUGAACAACCCUUCGCUGGCCCGAAAGCCUUUUAAACAAUCACUGAACUAUACCUUUUUAUCACAACACUACCUAUUUACCCCCUUUUCUUGUGUGUUCCUAAGUGUGUGUGUGCUGGAAUUAGGUGUAUGUUAAACGAGCUUUGCGUGGCAGACGUCCAGACAGCUUCGUGAUCCAAACAAAGGUGACGGCAAAGAAUGCAGCUCCCCUCGUGUUCACUUGCCCCCGCUGGCUAAGCCUGUUCGCUCAUCCAUAUUAUUAGGAACAAGGGGAUGAUACCUUUGGAGGGUGAGGGAGUUGUUGACCACUGGUUGCGUGUGCGUGUGUGUGAACUAGUGAGUCCAAUCCGUGUGUUGAAAUGACUGUGAGGCAGCCAAAGACUGGACAAAAAAGGUGACCGUGCAGAACAAUUGAAUAUUAAAACAGAAACAAAUGUGACAUUUUUUUCCCCAAACAAUGGUGUCAGAUGUCUGUUAAGUUAAAAAAAACAAAAAAUAAAAAAAAAAACAAGGGAAAAACAAACAAACAAGAAAAAGUAUGUCGAAUGGGGUUCUUUAUGGUAUGCUUGGGGAGGGCCCGGGUUUAACAUUUUGCCCUUUAGUCAGUGGUGAUAGAAAGUUUCUUUUUAUGGUUUUAUUUUAAUAGGAAAUAAAAAUGCUUUUUAAACAUUUCUUUUGAUGCCCACUAUAGUGCAUGAAUUCUUCCCCAAAGAGGAAGAGCAGGGCUUCACCACUCGUACUAUUUAAAAGAUAAUGAAACAAAAUAUUAUGAACAGUUUUGGGGGGUGGGGUCAUAAUGGGUAAAAAAAACAAAAACAAAGUAAUGAAGUACUGUAAACUGAAAAAACAUGUCAAUUUGCUGAGUCUGGUCAUUUGUCUCAGUGGGAAUGGUGUAUACAGCAAGGCCUUAUGUGAUCUGUAUCAUAGUUAAUAAAUGAAAUCUUGUACAAA